AUGAGCGAGGUUAAAACUGUUGGUAAAAUCCGCAGUGCGGUAGAUCUAGGUACCAGAUUUAGUGAUAUUUUGCCAGAGAAUAAGGAGUUACAGACGAAGGCCGAAGGGUCAUUUACGUGGAGCAUUGAUAAUUGGUUUCAAUUAAUCGAGGACAAGUAUUACUCGGGGAGGUAUAAGUUUGACGGAUGGGAAUGGGAUUUACUUAUUUUUCCACAGGGAAAUCAUUCUCGUGGAGUAUCUAUAUAUUUGGCACCACACCCAGAUCCGGAGCUAGUGUCUAGCGAAGAGACACCCGAUUGGCAUGUGUGUGCACAGUUUGCGAUUGUGUUUUCAAAACCAAAUGAUGAUAAAGCGGUGCAAUUGAGCAACAAGGCAUCACACCGUUUCACAGCAACAGAUAAGGAUUGGGGAUUCUCUAACUUUGUGGAGCUGGAGUACUUGAAACACUAUGCAAGGAACCGUCCUUCUGGGUUUUUGAAUCAAGGAGCGCUAAAUAUUACUGUGUUGAUCAGGACAAUCGAGGAUCCAACUGGUGUGCUUUGGCAUAAUUUCAUGAAUUACGAUUCGAAAAAGAUGACUGGAUAUGUUGGAUUUAAAAACCAGGGAGCGACCUGCUACCUAAACAGUCUAUUACAGUCGUACCAUUUCACCAAGCUAUUUAGAAAAUUGGUAUAUCAGAUACCAACGGAAAACGAGAAUCCUACUGAUUCUGUGGCCCUAGCACUUCAAAGAGCGUUUUACUUAUUACAAACUUCAAAGGAACCGUUAGAUACGUUGGAACUUACCAAAUCAUUCGGUUGGGAUACUGGCGAUGCAUUUACUCAACACGAUGUCCAGGAACUCAAUCGGAUUUUGAUGGAUAGACUAGAACACAGAAUGAAGGGUACUGCUGUGGAAGGGAAAAUCAAUGAACUCUUUGUGGGCAAAAUGAAAAGUUACAUUAAAUGUAUCAAUGUGGACUAUGAGUCGUCAAGAGUAGAGGAUUUUUGGGAUAUUCAACUAAACGUCAAAGACAUGAAAAACUUACAAGAAUCUUUUGAACAGUACACCGAAGUCGAACUAAUGAAUGGUGAAAACCAAUAUGCCGCCCAAAGAUUUGGCUUACAAGAUGCCGAAAAAGGUGUUGUUUUUGAAUCGUUCCCUCCCGUACUACACUUACAACUUAAACGGUUCGAAUAUGAUUUUAAUUAUGAUCAGUUAAUUAAGAUUAACGACAGAUAUGAGUUCCCAGAAUCAAUAGACCUUUCGCCAUAUCUUGAUGCUGAUGCCCCAAAGGAUACGCCGGCAGAGUUUGUACUACAUGGUGUGCUCGUGCAUUCCGGUGAUAUUUCGACCGGCCAUUAUUACACUAUGAUUCAACCUGACGCUAAUGGCUUGUGGUAUAGAUUUGAUGAUGACAGAGUGAUCAAGGCUACCAAGACCCAGGUAUUUGAAGAGAACUUUGGUAAGAAAAAACUGAGCGAUGAAGAGUUACAAACGCUAACAAAGGAAGAAUACCAAAAUUAUCUUCUUGCUCGACAAACUAGUGCUUACAUGUUGGUAUACAUUAGAAAGGAUAUGGAGGAGACUAUUUUGAAGGAAGUGGAACGGAGUGAUGUUCCUAAACAUGUGGUGUCCAGCAUUGAUGAAGAACUGGAGAAAAGAGAGAUCAGAAGGAAGGAAUUAGAAGACAUGCAUUUGUAUGCUAAUAUUCACUUACAUACUCAACGCAACUUUAUUCAUGCUUCCACUCACGAUCUUUCUCCAAAUAAGCGAGCUAUUGAUUUCUCACCAGAACUUUACAACGAGAAUGAAUUUGCUCUUGAGAAGAAGGUUCUGAAAUCUACAAAGAUCAGAGAUCUCAUUCAAUCCUUGAAUAAUGAUCUUGGAAUUAAGAACCCGGAGUUGGUUCAAUAUUGGUGCAUGACAUACAGGCUGAACGAGACUCUUAGACUUGAUGAUAUUAUUCCCGAUUCUAUCAUGGAUUCUACAGUAGAGGAGCUUAUGAAGGAGAAAGGGAGAACGUCUGCUUUUGAUUUAUACCUUGAAGAGCCAUAUUUUGAACUAACCUACCUCACAGAGUUGGUCAAAAAUGGUCUCAUCACAUUUAAAGUCAUGAAUGAAGAGUUUUUGUCCUCUGUAGAAGAUGCUGUCGCAAAUAAAUCAUUCCCAGCUCCUUCAAUUGACAAAAGUGCCAAUAGUAACACUUUGCUUCUUCUUAAGCAGUUUAAUCCAAAAGAACAGAAGCUUUCUGGUUUCACAUAUGUGAGGUUAAGUAUGUGGGAGAAGGUAAACCGUAUAUUCGAGUUAUUACAAAUUUUAGAUCUUGAUGUAGACACUACUAGCAUCUAUGAAGAAGCAAAUACAAACGAAGUAUUUCCAUUAAAGGCUUCUGAUGAGAUAAUCCAAUGUGAAUUAAAGAAUGGGGAUAUAAUUACUUUCUCGGUAAAAAGCAGUUCCCCUGUAACUACGAUUCCAUAUUAUCCGGAUAUCCCAUCUUAUUACAGUUAUUUGAGUAACAGAAUAAAGUUGACAUUUACGAGAGCUGCUGAUUCUGAUGAAGACUAUGUCAUCACAAAUGAUGAAGACAGGGAACCUUUCACAUUUUGGCUUUCUGCCAAGAGUUCCUAUAAUGAACUUGCGAAGGUCAUAUCCAAACAUGUUAAGGUGAAACCUGAGUAUCUUCGUCUAUAUGCGGUAUACCCAAGUCGUAAAUUUGUAAUGAAUUCGAACUCAGUUUUAACUGAUUAUUUGAUAAAAAACUUCACGAAAGAAACUAUCCCCAACUUUGAGUAUGAGGUCCUCUCAAUUGAAUUGAACCAACUGGAACAUUUACGCAGCAUCAAAUUCGUAUGGUUAACUAAUAGUUACGUUCACUUUCAGUGUUAUGAAUUUAGGGUUCCAAACUCAUCAACUGUAAGGGAUUUUAUUGAGAAAUUACAAGCAAGGAUUGGUUUCUCAGACGAAGAUAAGCAAAAUAUUUUAUUGUGGACAAAUUCCUCCUUUGAAUUUGAGGGAAUCUUGACACCAAAUAUGAUAUUCGAUUCAAUGAAGUCAUCUCUUGUUGUAUUUGGCCGAGUAUUACCUGAAGAGCUUCAGAUCAUUAAACAGAUUGAAGUAGAUUCUGGUUAUGACGAUCAGCCCAUAGAUGAAAACCGUACUAUGGCAGAAGAUUCAAAAAGUUUGCAAAAUGGCAAGGUUGUCAUUGUAAACCAAUAUUUUCGUGAGCUUGAAAAUUCUCAUGGUAUCUCCUUUCUAUUUGUUCUAUUCCCAGGAGAAAAGUUCAAGGAUACAAGAUCGCGUUUACACGAGAGGUUUGGAUUGGGACGGAAGGAAUUCGCUAAGAUCAAACUCGGAGCAUAUUACCAAACAGAAAAGGGGGCCACUUACCUUUCUCUCGAAGAAAACGAGACAACUAAUAACCUGGUACUUUAUGAUAAAUUGAACAAUUUAGAUCAUCUAUGUAUGGAUCAUCCGGAUAGAUCCAGAACUCAGAAUACCUACUCCGACAGACCUAUGGUGAUCAAAAACUGA